ACCGAAACAUGCAUUGUAUAAUUUUCUCUUUUUUUUUUUUAAAAAAAAAAAAUUAAAGUUAUAUAUAUUUUUUUUAACAACCAAACAAAUCAGAGACAGUUGCGAUUUCAACGAUCCUCCCAUCAAUCUCCGAAGCAGGAUUGAAAUGGUCUCCUGCUUUGGUCCCCAAAGCUCUCCUUGAUUGGUUUUUGGGGGAAAUGGCAGCUGUAGAGGGGAAUUCAUUGAUGGAAGCACAACCCCGGAAACCGAUGGGGUUUAUGGCCAAUCUAACAUUUGCAGCAUGUGAAUGGUUUUUGAUAUUUCUGUUGCUGAUUGAUGUUGUGUUGUCAUAUCUACUCACAAAGUUUGCAGAUUAUUGCAAACUGCAGACUCCUUGCAUUUUGUGCUCCAGGCUCGAUCAUGUUAUAGGUAAUGAAAGGCCUGACUUUUAUCGCAACCUGCUUUGCAGAAAUCACAUAUCAGAGAUAUCAUCUUUGAUUUUUUGUCAUGUUCAUGGUAAGCUUGCUGAUGGCCACGGGAUGUGUGAUGAUUGCAUCUUUUCAUUCACUAGGAAGAAUUUAUCUUUCUCAGAAAUGAAUAGGAUUUUGGGGAGUAAGUUGGGAAUGCAUAAUUGUGGCUCUGGUUUGCAAAGCUUGGUUGUAAAUGGUGGUUCUGUGGGUGCAAAGCCAUGUUCUUGUUGUGGCAAGCCUUGGAGACCGAAACAGAAUAAGCAAAGAGUUUUCCAACUAAAAUCAUCUGGGAAUGUAGUUCCUAAACGUGACAUCCCUUUACCUCAAUUUCCAAGUCAUAGUCACUUGCAUCAUCGAAAUACCUUCAGAAAGAUGAGGAAUCAAUAUUAUCAUUCAUUAAAGUCUAAUGGUCUUGGAAGAAAUAGUUUUGUUCCUUUGUCUGAUGUGGGGUACACUGAGCUGAAUAUCAAUUCUGACUCGGAAUCUGAGGUUGCAAAGUCUGAUGAUGACGAUGAUGGUAGAAGUACUAUACCUGGAAAUAGUGAAUCUGAAAGUGAUUUUAUUGUUCUAUCUUCAGAGAAUCCAUCUAAAGCUCCCUCCAACGAUUUGAUAUCAGGAAAUGUAACUAAUUUCCCAGAUAGUAGAUCCUUGCUCUCAGAAAUGUGGAUUCAGUCUGAUGUUAGAAAGGCUCAUCAGUCGAUGGAUUUCAAUGGGGCUAAAGCAGAUUGCGUGGAUGGACUCAAUUGGCUGGAAGCGUCAAAUGUACCUGAAAUUCCACAAAAAACAUCAACUGAGAACAAGCUUGAACUUCCAGAUCUGUGUGAUUUCAAUCAUAUUCCACAUGAAGAAUCAAUUGACAACAAAGUUGAACUUCCAUAUCUGCGUGACCUUUUCAGUUUGGAUUACUGUCCCUCUUUUGCUCAAACUUCAUCAACGACAGAAAAUACAGGAACUAGUGACAUUAGACAUGCAUCCACUGACAACCACGAGGAAGUUCUUCGGUCACUAAGUGUUCCAUCUGUUACAUGUGUUGAAACUUGCCAAGUUGGUGACAAUUCAAUUCUGAAGCCAACCCACAUUGCUGAAAGUGAGUUGUGUGAAUUAAGUAGAAGUGGCAGGGAAAGAGAAUCAUCUUCAGUUAUUGUUGGACACUCUGUAACGAUGAAGCUCGAUAAACAUAAUGAUGAGCCAAAUACAAGCAGAUGGGAGCAUGAUCAUGGAGAUGUCCAAAUACCUUCUAGCUCAGAUGACAUUCAGAUUUUUCGAAGGUCUGCCUCAGUGGAGUCUAGUCUUGAAUCUUUAGAUGCAGGCACUGUUAGUGAAAUCGAGGGUGAAAGUAUAACUGAUCGAUUAAGAAGACAAGUUGAAUACGACAGAAAAUGCAUUAAAUCUUUGUAUAAGGAGUUAGGAGAAGAAAGGAGUGCUGCUUCAGUUGCUGCAAAUCAGGCCAUGGCCAUGAUUACAAGAUUGCAAGAAGAAAAAUCAGCACUUCAUAUGGAGGCCCUUCAGUAUUUGAGAAUGAUGGAAGAGCAAGCAGAGUACGACAUGGAGGCACUUCAGAAAGCUAAUGAUUUAUUAGCUGAAAGGGAAAAGGAGAUGCAAGAUAUGGAAGCUGAGCUAGAAUUUUAUAGGAUGAAUUUUCCCGACGAAACAGUUACAGAGGAUUUGCAUGGGGAGAAUUUUGAAUCGAAUGGCUUGAGUAAGUCGAAAAUGGAUAAUGCUAUCAUACCCUGCCAAGAUAAUACAAGUCUUCCUCCAAACUUGAUGUCCAAAGAUAGCGAGGAGCCUUCUGAUAUUAAAAUUUCACAUUCCGGGUUUGAAGAAGAAAGGCUGUACAUUUCACGAUGUUUGCAGAGCUUGGAAAUGAAACUAAAUGAAUUUUCUCGUAGUAUUCCUUUCCCCGGCAUAGCUAAUGGUGAGCAUUCAAAAAUAUUUGCUGAUGAUAGGCUAGAGGGAGAAAAAUGCCACAAAAAGGAGAUGAAUUUGGCAAACAGUCAAACUGAAGAUUGUAAUAAUGGAAGGUAUGCUUCUCAAGAAGAGGCAUCUAGCUCAGAUGGCGAAUUUAAUCAUUGUGCGUCUGAUAAGCAAAAAAGUUUCCCUGACCAAAGAAAAGUUAGUUUGGCUGCUCUAGAAAGUGAAGUCUCAGACCUCAACGACAGAUUGGAAUCACUAGAAGCCGAUCAUUGUUUUCUCGAGCAUAUGAUUAACUCUCUUCAAAGUGGCAACAAGGGAUUGCAAUUUGUUCAAGAAGUAACUCAUCAACUCGAGGAAUUACGAAAAAUCGGGAUAAGAUUAAGAAAUCAGCAGCCCCCUUCUUGAAUUUGAAUCGAUAUAAGUAAAGCUAAGAUAAGAGGCUGCAAAUCAUCAAUACAAAAUUCGAAAACUCAUCGAUCAACAUCCUUCGAUUCCCCUCAGUUAAACCCCAUCAAUUUUUGGCAAAUUUGACAGAGAUUUUCGUGAACAGAACAGGUAGCAUUCAAAGUGUUUUUUAAAGAAAAUGUUAGUGCAUACUAAGAGAGACAAAUAUCAGGAAAAAAACCGUUGUAUUUGUCAUGUUUGAUAUGUUUGAAAGCUAGAAGAGUUGGCAACCUUAAGAACUGUCUUUUUUUUUUCUUUGUAUAUAUAUAAAACUAUUGUUAUUAGGUAAUUGUAAAGUUGGUACAUCUUUGUAGUAUAUGUUUUUCUUUUUUCUUCUUCUUUGCUAUGAUUUACAAAGUCACUUUCUUCUGUAAGUUUUGAAAAGAUGGUGAUUUUCAUAUUUGUCAAAUAAAUUCAAAAUUUUGAGUUCA